AUGCCCUCCAUCUGGAGGUGGAGGGACGAUAUCCACAUGGCGGCUGUGUUCAGAGGUCAAAGAGCGGCGCGCGGUUUAAUCGCAAAGAGACAAGUCAAAGUGGAGCGUGCAAAUUCGAGGCCGGGCGGGAACAAUAAAAGUGCAGGUGGACCGCGGCCGCCCCGCGCCUCCGCACUCACAUCAAAGGGGAGCCCGCGAUACCAUACAAAAGCCCUAAUGAGACAAACCCGUGGCGUAAUCGAGGCGACGGAAAAAGAUGAGGCCCGAGAGGCGGCGGCGGGAGGCGGGGCGGCUGCCUCCCGGCCGCGGGACGCCGCUCCUUUGACGUCGCGAUAUUGUCUUUGUGCGGCGCGUGGGGUGAGGCGGCCCCGGCCGACGGAGACUUUGUCGCAAUACAAUGGCGAGACGAACCGGCGCCGCGGGUGCAGCGCGGCUAGGCAGCACACACACACGCGAGCGCGCUUUAUUAAUAUCAGCAAUCACAGCGCAUCGGCAAACUAUCGUUCCACGGAACUAGGAAGUGCUACACGACAACAUACAGCAGCCGUCCUCAGGCACUUCAUAAACUUAUGUGUUUACGCGAACUUAAUUACAGCCAGCCUUAGAUGA